AUUUCGAACUGUCGUGCUAGACUGUACCUGUCAGUUACGUAUACAAAAAAAAUUGACAACGACUUUUCCAUGGAAAAUGGCAGAACAAAUUCCAAGUGACGGAUAUUUUUUGUAAUAUUGUCGUUCAUGAAAGUAAUACCAUCCGUUAAAAUUAAACUGAAAUUGAACACCGCAGAACAUAUUUCAAUAUCGGUCUGUUGUUAAAUUGAAUUCACCGCGAAAAGUCUACAUUCGAAUGGAAUAUUUUCGAUGAGAAUUCUUUGAGAUUGUGUGCAUUACGUUUUGCUGGUUGAAUACUAACGAUUUAAUAUGGAUGACAGACUGAAUCUUGGCAGUGAAGUUAGAGAAUUGAAAUUGGGGUCGUCGUUUAAUGGUAACAAUUCAAGGACGUCGUCCACAUCAUUUCACACGCUGAAAUAUGAUUUUAAACCGACUAGUUUAGACCUCUCGAAGGUGGCCACCUUAGAUGUCAGCUCAAAUAAUCAAGUUACUGUAUCUGUGCCACAUUUAGAUACUUCCGGUGUGCCUAAAACCGUUUUCAAGGGGAACCAACGAAAUUACACAAAAGAAUGUGUGCUCAUCAUCGACAAAGUGACCGGAGAAAUUACAUUAGAAAAAUUGCACACAAACAUUCAAGUGAAGAAGACUCGUAGCGAAAAUGCCAGCAAACCGAUUCCACAGCCAUUGAUGCAACGGGCAUCGUUAGAGAACAGUACACAACGGACGGUAUCGAAGACAAAGGUGUCGACUGGAGUGCGCAAAAAUGCUAUCGGCGGCUUUGUGCAAAGACAUUCACCCAUACAGGGAUCGCCAUCGUACAAUCAUCAUAAAAGUCCACAGCAGGCACCUGCCUGGAAUGCCAACAACACUCAAUCUACCUUGCCAAGUAUUCCAUUAAUUGGAAUGGAUGAUGAUAUUGUUCCAUUGAGCACAGCACCGCAACCAGUAUCCGAACCAUCGUCCUAUCAACAACAAUCCCAACAGCACUACCAACCACCAAAUCAAUACCAACAACCACAUCAUCAUUCAGUUCAAUCGACAGGAAUGCAAAACAGUCAAUCGCUAGGGAACAGUAGCUCUGCUAGUGGUUCAAGUAACCACAAUUACCACCAUAACAAUCAUCAUCAACAUCAGCAGCAGCAGCCGCAACAUCAACAGCAGCAGCCGCAACACCAACAGCAGCAGCAACAGCAACACCAACAGCAGCAACAACACCAUCAGCAGCAACAACAACAACAACACCAUGGUGAGGUAGGUCUGCUGAGCUCAUCUGAUUCGUCAUCGGACUCAGACUCGAGUUCUGAUUCAGAAGACGAAAAGGUGGACAACAAAAUUCAGACUAAUCACAUUAACACCAUGAAUUCAUUGCCGGCACAUCUGUUGGACGAAGAUUUGAGAUUGUCAGAAUCGAAUUCGUCGGAUUCGGAUGAUUAGAUUAAAUUUGGUUCUCCCUUCUACAUAUGGUUUUACACCAUUUCUUUUUUGUUUUUAUUUUUUAUUUUUUUUUAAGUUGAAUGUGUGGCAGGUGGUGUCACCGGUGCCACCGUUUUUUUAUCAACUACUGAAAUGAUGUUAGUAAAUAUAAUUUAAUUUAAUUAAAGCAAAUUUUUAAAAAUUAUUU